AUGGGGAACAGCGAGAGUAAAGACGCGGCGGCGCCCAAGUCGCCGGCGACGACCGGCGCGGAACGAGAGAAGAGGUCAGGCACGAUCCGCGUGGGUGAAGGGCGACACGGGCAGUACUCGCUCUCCCACCAGCGGAAAGGUUACGGCGACCAACCCACGGCCACACAAGUCGGCAGCACUUCCGCCUCCAUCUCGACAGACAAAACAUACGCCCAUGCCACCGUCUCGGCAUCGCCCAGCCACAAGUUCCACUCCCGCGCGCGAUCGAUCACGACGGGCACGCCCAGGCUCGCCGCGCAAGAGUUAUCGCUCAGUCACAAGUCCGAGAGCUCGGCCAUGGGCAGCAGCGACAGCAAGCCGCAGCAUCGGCCGCCCUCGCGCUCCAACACCCUACCAACGCAUGCGACCCCACCUGCGAGGCGCACUGCGACGCCCGAUCUGCAAGAGCAGCCAGCACCGCAACAUGCAGAGCCGGUAGACGUGCCCCCACCGGCGCAGGAUGGGGCGACCGAGUCAAAAGAUGAUGACUACAUACCCACUGGAUACGCAGAGUCGCCCUACAGUCUCGCACCGGCCAACUUUAGUCGACCGCCUAGGUUGCCGUUGCCUAUUGAGGAGGAGAUACAUUCGCCAGGCUCACCCAUCAUCUCGCCGCAAGAUCUAGAGGAUGUCUCGAAGCUCGAAAGUGCCGAUGUAGACGACGGACGCAUCCCCCGCAAGACAAGUGUGCUGAGCUCCACCACCAUUGACGACGACGACGACGACGUGGGCGAUAACGAUGCCUUCGCUACAGAAUCGACGCAAUAUGGCGAUGUGCGCGUUCCGACUGUGUUGGAGUGGGACGGCAAGGGCGAGAAGGUCUUCGUCACGGGCACCUUCUGCAAGUGGGAGAAGAAGAUCAAGCUGCAUAAGAAUAAAGAUGGCAAGCAAGGAUUCUCGGCGGUUGUGCAGCUGCCUCCUGGCACCCAUCACGUCAAGUUCCUGGUCGAUAACGAGAUGUUGACUUCGAAUCAGUUGCCGACCACCGUGGAUUGGACGAACAUUUUGGUCAACUACAUCGAGAUAGUGGCGCCCGUGGCGCCCGUCAAGGAAGAUGAGAAGCAGCGGCCACCCGCGCCGGCUGUGCCCAUGGCGAUACCAGGAGCCGCUUUGACAGCGGGACAAGCGGCGGGAAGCGGCGAGGCUGCCGCAAGCCCCGAUCCACAAGUACCCGGAACAGAGGCGGACAUCCCGUCCACGCUGCAAGAAGCCGAAGGGAAGGGCGUACAAGUCGGAUCCGUGCCCAAGCCCAUACCAGGAGCCACUGCUGUUUCUGCCACACCUCGUGAAGAGUCCGCACAUACAACGCACGAUCCACAAGCCACGCCUGCGCCUCCUAAGCAGAAGCAGCCACGGCCGAGGUAUACUAACCAGAUCCCAGAGUUCCUGAUAGAUCUUGACAACUACAACACCCCUGAAGACGAACGCUUCCAGCGCGCUCAGAAAGUUGCCAACACAUUGCCGCAGCCCCCGAGCUUGCCAAUGUUCCUGAAUAAGAGCAUUCUCAACGGUGCGACGCCGCACAAGGACGAUGCUAGUGUUCUGAUCAUGCCGAAUCAUACUGUGCUCAACCACUUGGCUACUAGCAGUAUUAAGAGUGGAGUACUGGCGACAAGUGGCACGACGCGGUAUAAGCGGAAGUUCCUGACGACCAUCAUGUACAAACCAACCUCAGACGAUGGCUGA